AUGAAGUUCCUCUACGUUCUCCUGGCUAUCGCUGCCGUUGCCAGCGCACGAUCUCUCGUCAAGCGCGACAAUAGCUAUGGAGACGAAGCGGUGACCCCCGCUGCUGAGCCAGCCCCGGCAGCCGAGCCCGCCCCAGCCCCAGCCCCCGCCGGAGGGGACUACCAGGCCCCCGCUGCUGCUCCUGCCCCCGCCGAGGAGGCUCCCGCACCAGCUGAGCAGCCCGCCCCCGCAGCCGAGCCCGCCCCGGCCGUCGAGGCUUCUGGAUACCGCAAGAAGCGCGACAACAGCUACGGAGACGAGGCCGUCACGCCCGCUGCUGAGCCUGCCCCGGCUGCCGAGCCCGCCGCCGAGCCCGCCGCUGCCCCCGCCCCGGCCGCUGACUACCAGGCCCCCGCUGCUGCUGCCCCCGCUGAGGAGGCCCCCGCCCCGGCUGAGCAGCCCGCUCCCGCCGCCGAGCCCGCCCCCGCUGUUGAGGCUUCCGGAUACCGCAAGAAGCGCGACAACUCGUACGGAGAUGAGGCUGUGACCCCCGCUGCUGCCCCCGCUCCCGCUGCUGAGCCCGCUGCCGAGCCCGCCCCGGCUGCUGAGUACCAGGCCCCCGCUGCCGCCCCCGCCGAGGAGGCCCCCGCCCCAGCUGAGCAGCCCGCCCCUGCCGCCGAGCCCGCCCCGGCUGUUGAGGCCUCGGGAUACCGCAAGAAGCGCGACAACAGCUACGGAGACGAGGCUGUCACCCCUGCCGCUGCCCCCGCCCCUGCUGCCGAGCCCGCUGCCGAGCCCGCUGCUGCCCCCGCCGGAGACUACCAGGCCCCCGCUGCUGCCCCUGCUGAGGAGGCCCCGGCCCCCGCUGAGCAGCCCGCUCCCGCCGCUGAGCCAGCCCCGGCUGUCGAGGCUUCCGGAUACCGCAAGAAGCGUGAUAACAGCUACGGAGAUGAGGCCGUGACCCCUGCCGCCGCCCCCGCCCCUGCUGCCGAGCCCGCUGCCGAGCCCGCCGCUGCCCCCGCCCCGGCCGCUGACUACCAGGCCCCCGCUGCUGCCCCUGCUGAGGAGGCCCCUGCCCCGGCUGAGCAGCCCGCUCCCGCCGCCGAGCCCGCCCCGGCUGUUGAGGCUUCCGGAUACCGCAAGAAGCGCGACAACUCGUACGGAGAUGAGGCUGUGACCCCCGCUGCUGCCCCCGCUCCCGCUGCUGAGCCCGCUGCCGAGCCCGCCCCAGCUGCUGAGUACCAGGCCCCCGCUGCCGCCCCCGCCGAGGAGGCCCCCGCCCCAGCUGAGCAGCCCGCCCCUGCCGCUGAGCCCGCCCCGGCUGUUGAGGCCUCGGGAUACCGCAAGAAGCGCGACAACAGCUACGGAGACGAGGCUGUCACCCCUGCCGCUGCCCCCGCCCCUGCUGCCGAGCCCGCUGCCGAGCCCGCUGCCGCCCCCGCCCCGGCCGCCGAGUACCAGGCCCCCGCUGCUGCCCCCGCUGAGGAGGCCCCCGCACCGGCUGAGCAGCCCGCUCCCGCCGCCGAGCCCGCCCCCGCUGUUGAGGCUUCCGGCUACCGCAAG